AUGGCUCCGGUGGGCGCCGAGGGGCGGGGCAGGCGCCUGCACCUGCAGUACCAGCGCUUCUUCAAGGACGCACGCCCCCCAGGCUGGGAGGUGAGGGCGCUCUCCGUGCGCUCGGGUGUUCCCAGAUGGCUGUGGCCGGUACUGGCACCCACCUCCGAGCUCCGGCUCCCGUGGUCGGUGAAGUUCACCUCCUGCAACGCCAGGAGGCGGCAGGGAGCCACAGCCGGAGCCUCCCGCUUCCCUCACCGGUGGACUCUGCUGGGGAUGCCCAAACAUCUGCCCCCUGGCGUGCGCUCUGGGGGCUCCUGCGACAUCUGGGUGACUGUCGAUAGCAUAUGCGCCCCACCUGUACCUCCUGUGGCCAGCCCCUUCAGCUACCAACGGCAGGCUGCCCCACCUGCCACCCUGGCCCUGCUUUGCUUGGACGGUGUCUCCCUCUCCUCGGCCGAGAAUGACUUUGUGCGCGGGAUCCAGGAGGAACUGGCGCGCUUCGUGCUGCAGAAGCAGCUGUCGAAGGUCCUGCUUUUCCCAGCACUCUCCAGUCGCCUCCGGUACCUGAUCCACAGGACCACAGAGAGCUUUGAUCUCUUGAGCAGCUUCUCUGUCGGCGAGGGCUGGCGGAGGAGGACGGUCAUCUGCCACCUGGACAUCAGGGUGCCCAGUGCCGAUGGCCUCUCUGGACCCGGCCGCCCUCCCGCCACCCACCCUGGCAAGUACCGUGGUCCUCGGCCCUCUGCGAGGCAGGGAGCAGCUGCGGGCCCCCGAGGCGGGUGGCAGGGCCGAUGGCAUCGUGGACGCAAGCCAGACCAGCCUUUGUAUGUUCCUCGGGUGCUACGCAGACAAGAGGGAGAAGCGCCAGGCCCUGGGGUCUCAGAAGAGCCUGGAGCUGUCGCUGCCAAUCCCUCUGAUGAGGAACCUCCUGUGUUGACCACUCAGGGAACAGAGGACCCAAGCCAGUGCCCCGAGAAUGGGUCCCUGCCGGAGCCCAUUGGCACCGUGCCGCCAGGGCCGGAGAGCCCCGGGGGGGAGGGGGACAGGGUGGAGACGGCCGCACAGGCUGGGGACAGCCUGCAGCCAGAGCCGGAGGAGGAGGAAGGAGGUCCGCUAGGGCAGAGCCUGGCGGCCGAGGAGGAGGAGGAGGAAGAGGAGGAGGCUGGCAGCUGCUCCGAAGCCGAGGACGACUACAGCGAGCUGCUACAGGAGAUAACGGAGCACCUGACUGAGAAGGAGAUCCAAGUGGAAAGGGUCCGCGUGGACACGUCCUCCUUCGCCGAGGAGCUGCCUGCGGAGCAGGACUUGGCCCAUGUGGUGGAGAUCUAUGACUUUGAACCUGCGCUCAAGACGGAGGACCUGCUGGCCACGUUUUCUGAGUUCCAGGAGAAGGGGUUCAAGAUUCAGUGGGUGGACGAUACUCACGCGCUUGGCAUCUUUCCCUGCGUGGCCUCAGCUGCGGAAGCCCUGGCCAGGGAGUUCUCGGCGCUGAGGAUCCGGCCGCUGACUCAGGGCAGCAAGCAGGCAAAGCUGCGAGCGCUGCAGAGGCCCAAGCUCCUGCGUCUGGCAAAGGAGAGGCCACAGACGGACGCAGCUGUGGCCCGGAGGCUGGUGGCCCGGGCCCUGGGGCUGAAACACAGGAAGAAGGAGCGGCCCGCGGCCCGCGGCCCAGAGUCCCCUGCCACUCCGCAGACUGUGCCCCAGGACUGAGCCGGGCCCAGCGUCACAGCCUUUCCAGACACCGGGACAGCCCGCACCGUCCGGAUCCCCCGGGCACAAGGGCUUCACUGUGGUCUGGUCCCAGAGCUUGAGCCAGAAUAAAUAGUGUUCCGCUGUGACAGCUUCGGUAUGCGCCGACGGUGCUGGGAUCCACGCGGCUCCCGUGGCUGCUGCAGAGAGGUUCCCUGGCGGCCUGGAGGCCCCCCCGGGCCCUGUGCAGUCUGCGCAGUUCGGGGGUGCUUGCCCCUGCUCUGUGACUUGGCCCACGUACUGUGCGGCACAAGCAGACCUGGCCAGUGGCCUGGUGCUGCUGAGGGUCCGAAGGCUUUGGGCUGGUCCCCUCUGCCUGGGGAGGCAGGUCACAGAAGUCAGCAUGAACGGCACAGGAGGGCAGGUCUGAAUGUGUGCCCAGUCUGUGCCCCUCGCAGGAGCAGGUGUGGAGCCAUCCUAAGGGUGGGCCUGCACCCUUCUGGUCUGGGUGGAGUGGGUGCCAGGGUGGCCCUGCAUGGGGCUUGGGGACCCUUGACGCGCUGGGCCCUGGCACAUUCUUGAUGCAGAGGGAGCCUGGGCACAGGCCAGCGGCUCAGCCUCUGCCGAAGCACACCCUGGCCCUUUGGGAAGUGGCCUUGUGACUGUUCAAACCUGGCCAUCCCGCCUGGGCCUAACGUGAUGGUGCCCCCUGACAAGUUUUAGUAAAAAACAAGAGUGAAGAAGGUGACUCGUGUGCUGUUGAUUUUUGUGAUCUCAGAGGGUG